AAUGCAUAUGCAUGCAUAAAGUUUUAGAUUAUUUUAUUUUUAAUUUAUAAAUAAUUAUACAAUGUCGUCUGACGACGCCUCUUGUUCUGAUUGUAAACUCGAGCUGAUUGAAAGGAAAUGGACACAGCUGUUGUUGAAUUGGAUAAACAAAUGCGCUAAUCCCAAAGCGAAAGUGCUGAAGUUGGACCUUCGCAGUGCUUCGGAGGUGGUGACUAAGUAUAGAUGUGACAUUUCUGUCGACGAAGUGGACUUUGCUUUGCUGGGAAAUGAUAACAUCGAGCAGUUCAUCAGAUUUAAAUACCCUAUACUGAGGUUGAGAUAUUUAGCAGAGGCUAAAGACUACCCGAAGAAGAUGUACAUAAUGCACUCGAUACUCCUAUAUCACUGUUGUGCCAGCUCUCAAACAGGAAUGGUGGAUAGGGACAUCUGCACCAAAAUGAGCAAGGCGGAACAGGAGCUCAUACUGAGGUUCUGUGAGAAUCUGAGCGAGAUGGAGUCUACUAUCAACAACGUGGAUUUGUCUAUAAAAGAAGCAUUUGAGCUUUACAACAGAUCAGUUAAACAACCCACCAAACAUAGUAAAAUAUGUAAAGAUUUCUCAGCCGAAACGGCUCCAAAGACUGAGUCUGAUGAAACGCAGGAAUCAAUCAGAGUAAGAACCACCAAAUCUACGACGCUUAAAUUCAAAUCUUCUGUGACAGUAUUGCCUAGCUGUGUCACCGAUUCGUCCUCUUAUUCCAAAUCUGAUUUAUCUGAUAACACGUUGAGGAACGAAAGCUCUUAUGUGGAAGAUACAGAUGCACCUGAUGAUAAAGUCAUUGCUUAUGGUGCGAUGAAUGUCCAAGGCGAUGGAAAGGGUGUACCGGAGCAGAUAGCUCAUGAACCAAAGAAAUGCCAACCUGGCUGCGCGUGCACACGUUGUAGUGCUACAGGACCAUGCUGUGGCGACCCGGGGACUUCGAUGGACAAGUGUAAGGAGCGGAAGGGAGGGUUCUUUAGCAUCAAGCCAAAUAGGUGGAACAUAAAAGAUAAUUUGCGUAUCUAUUUGGCUGUCUUUAGCUGCUUCCUAGUUAUUUUAAUUAUUAUUGGUGUGCUUGUAAAAUUUUAUGGUUCUGAUGAGCCCAGUCCAGUUAAGAAAUUGAUUGCUGAAGAGAUGAGCGUGUUCAACUCAAAUGCUUGGCAAUGCGAAAAGGGUUUCUGUCAAAAAGUGUAUCAACCGAUCAGCUCGAAUAUAUAUUUCAUAUCCUUAAGUCGCUGUUCUCUUCUAUGUCUCGGCCCACAGCUGUGGCCACAUCCUGUAGGCUACACGCAUUUCAGCAAGAAGCUAGUAGCAUUGGCAACCAAUAAAUUGGAAUACAAAUUCCAAUCUAUACCUUCUGAAAGCGUACACCAAUAUCUCGCUGAAGCAUUCAAAUUAUUCAUUGGAAACUUAAUCAAAUUAGAAAAAUCCGAUCCAAGCGAGCACAACGAAACAGAUUUGGUUGUUAGAAAGAUGAAUAUAGUGAUUUACGUCGACACCGAUGCAGAUCCAAGACUGAGGUACAACACAGACGAAUCUUACACACUCAAAGUAGAAAGUCUACCAAGUACUGUGAACAUAAAAAUUUCUUCACCAUCCUUCGCUGGUGUCAGACAUGGCUUAGAAACUUUGAGUCAGAUGAUUCUAUUUGACCAAUUCACUGGUUUCCUAAUAACAUUAUCCAAUAGUCUAGUGAAAGACGCGCCGAGUUAUAAAUACAGAGGUCUUAUGUUGGAUACUGCUAGGAAUUAUAUUCCUGUAGCAGAUAUAAUGAGGACUGUAGACACAAUGGCCACUGUCAAAUUGAACACGCUUCAUUGGAGAAUUUCCGACGCAACCAGCUUUCCCUUAUUUUUACCCGAAGUACGACAAUUGUUCGAAUAUGGAGCAUACGGUAGAUCAAUGAUUUAUACUAAACAAGACGUUGUUUCUAUAGUACGUAGAGCUGGUAUUAGAGGGAUAAGGGUUUUGAUAGAAGUAGCGGUUCCUGGUCCAGUAGGCAGAGCCUGGUCUUGGUCGCCAGACACCAGUUGUUCGAAGAGAAACGACAACGCAACUUGUGACAAUAUAUUGUGCUUACGUUUAAAAAUGAAGGAAUCCGUGUUCGAUAUUCUUGAAACUAUCUAUAUGAAUAUAAUUGAUCUGACUAAAGUUAAUGAUGUGUUCCAUUUGAGUGAUGGUUUAUUUUCUAUGGCUAACUGUUUUAACCUAAUCGAUGAUAGAGAAGGUUUUUUGGAUAAAGCAUUGGUUAGGUUGAAGUCGGCUAAUAAUGGGGUUACGCCUAAACUACCUAUAGUGUGGUAUUCUGCACACUUAUCUAAAGAUUUAGACACAACGACUUGGAAUAAGAGAGGAGUUCAGAUGCAUGAAUGGACGCAAGAUCAUGAUGAUCAAUACCUUGGCAAUUUUAGAGUUAUCCAUUCAAGUAGGUGGGAACUGUCUUGUCAUAUGCAAAGGAACAGGUGUACUAAGUACAGAACUUGGCAAGAAAUGUACUCGUGGAAGUCCUGGAAGAACGUGGAAGUUUUCUCUAUUGAAGGUGGUGAGGCUAUGCUUUGGACAGACUUGGUAGACUCAGGUAACUUGGACUACCAUAUUUGGCCGCGGCUGUGCGCAGUGGCAGAGCGGCUCUGGUCUGAUAUGGCAGCGAAUGCCAGCGCCAAUGCAUACACGUACGCCAGACUCGACGCUCAUAGAUGGCGUAUGAUGUCUCGUGGCGUCAAGGUUCAACCAGUGUGGCCGGUGUAUUGCAGUGCUGACCCGAUAGCUUGCAGCAAUAAACUGAAAGUUUGAACUUGCCUUUUAUUUUAUUGUUAACGUAUAAAUUGUUUUUGGAUUAGGA